AAUUGUUUUCUUAUCUAGAAUAUGGAUUCGUCGCAGAUCUAUCUGUAAAGACUCGUGGAUAACGAUGCCGCCAUCAAAAAUUUUCUUUCUUCUUUGGAGUUUAGGUUUGGUAGUUCACACAGUUGGAUACGGUCACGGGAUUGGUGAUUUGUUCAGAUUGAUAACCGGGCCGAGACGUGCUGAGUGUCUACAUACGGCAGCAUUGAUUGAACUAUGGAAUGUAAGAGGACAUUCAAAAGCUCUGCAGACAUUAUACGAGUACAUUGUGGUGCACAUCUCUACACCGGGAAAACCAUGCUGCAUCCCAGGAUUUAUUUCCGAUCCUCUUGAGGCUUAUGUUGCUGGUGUAUGGUUCCUUCCAAAUGUUCCUAGAAUGAAAGAACGCAUACAGUACUCUUGUCCGGAGUGCAAGGAAUAUUUGGUUACAGUGAUGGAAUCUACAUGUGGAAUACGUCACGUACCGCAUGUCAAACAUUAUUUUACAACUGGGAAUCCCAUGUCUUCUACCCACCACCAUGUUCAUCACACCACUACACCACCACCAGGCGCAGUGACCCAGACUACAACUACUCAUCUACAACGCACGUACGCGGAGUGUCAGCACACUGGUGAUUUGCUGACUAUAUGGCUUGACCAUAAGCAUUAUAUAGCUCUUCAGAUGAUCUACGAGUACAUUGUCGCACACAUCUCUGAUAAGGCAAUGCCAUGCUGUAUACCAGGGAGCUAUUCAUCAUACAAUGCUGAAGCUCUGCUGCUAGGACAGCUUCCUAAUAUGGGAAGAUUGGAAGAGCGCAUAAGAUAUGCUGAUCCACUGUGUAAAGAAAUCCUGGCCACGACAAUGGAAGAAAAGGGAAUACGUCGCGUGCCACACGUCAACCAUUACUAUACCACUCCAAAAUAUGUGUCGACGACGCAUCUGAUUAACCACAGUAUAACGUCCAAAGCAACCACGAUACUGCCAACAGCUGUACACACAACAACACCGACAACCACAACACCGCAACCGACAACCACAACACCGCAACCGACAACCACAACACUGGCACCGACAACCACAACAACCAAACCAACAACUAUAACUGUACAAACAACACAAGUGACAAGCCCAGGUCACACGAAUCAGAAUAAAACGAUAACAGGUGUCCGUUGCCCGUCCUGUGACAUGAAUUUGAACUGUGUUUGGAAUAACGUCUGCGUGUCAACACAAAGCUGCCUGGUGCGAUCGUAUCCAGGGUAUCCAUUUUCCACUCAUUGUGCAGAGAAAGGAGACUGUCUGCUGAUGAAACAGCUUGCACCAAACGGAGAAAUAUUUUGUUGCGAUGAUGAAAAUUGUCUCCAUAAAAUUCUAGGAGUAUGAUACAUGUAUGUACAUAACACUAAAAUAAAUCUGAUUUUUAGAGUU